AUGAUCGAGAUAAAUGAUGAUGAAUUUGAUGGUGCCUUGCGAAUUGAGAAUGUGAAUGUUGAUGAGGAGAAAGAUAAGAAAGAAGGUAAAGAUGAUGAAGUUGAGGAAGAAGGUAAAAAUGUGGAAGAUGGUAAAGAUGAUGAAGUUGAGGAAGAUAAGGGGCAUUUUGAAAAGAAAAAGAGAAAGAAAGUUUCUAAAGCUCAUACCGAAUUCAUUGAAGUGAUUGGAAAUGAUGAAAAUUUUAAGUACCAAUGUAUAUAUUGCAAAAGUCUUCUUUCUAGGCCAACUAGCGGUACAACAAGUCAUCUUUGGAAUCACUUGAAGAGGUGCGUGCAAAAGAAAAUGCACACUGAAAAACAAAAGACAUUGCAAUUUCAGCCUAUCAAAUCUAAGUUUGAGAUGAAUCCUUUGUCAGAUGGUAAAUAUGAUCAUAUGAAGCAAAGAGAGGCCAUUGCCCAUUGGAUUUUAAUGAAUGAGCAACCGUUUAAUGUUGUAGAAAGUUUUGGUUUUACUUUCAUGUUGAGUAUCAACCAACCCCUAUUUGAAAAGAUUUCUCGUGCCACGACAAAGAAAGAUGUCAUUAAUGUAUAUGACAUAGAGAAGAAAAAAUUACAAUUGGCGUUGAGAGACAUCAAUAAGAUUUCCUUAACCACUGACAUUUGGAAGUCAAAGGUGCAAAAGAUUUCUUAUAUGUGUGUCACUGGUCACUUUGUUGAUUCAAAUUGGAACCUUCACAAACGACUUCUUAGCUUCAUACCUCUACCUCCUCCACAUGCUGGUAAAUAUUCAGGUCAUGAUAUCUUUAAUGGGCUUAUGAAGUGUACAAAAGAUUGGGGGAUAGAGCAUAAAGUCUUCACUAUCUCUGUGGACAAUGCCUCGAACAAUGAUUCAGCAAUUCGAAUUGCUAAAGAAACAUUCUCUAAGAGUCGUAAGUUGCCAUUAGAAGGUAAGUUGUUUCAUGUUCGGUGUACUGCACAUAUAUUGAACCUUGUUGUUCAAGAUGGUCUUUCUGAGAUUCAAAAUAUUAUUGAUGAUGUCAAAAAGAGUGUGCGAUUUAUUAACCAAUCAGAGUCUAGGUUGAGAAAAUUCUCAGAUGUUGUGCAUCAUUUAGGAAUCCAAGUAAAAAAAUUGAUCAUUGAUUGUCCAACUCGUUGGAAUUCUACAUAUGAGAUGUUAGUUGAGGCAUAUAGAGUUAAGGAUGCAUUUCCUAUAUUUAAAGAGGGUGAACUUUUUUAUCGUCAUUGUCCUAGUCCUGAUGAUUGGAAAAAAGUGAAGGAUGUUAUUGAUAUUUUAGAGGUUUUUUAUGAAGCGACUAAUGUAAUUUCUGGAGUUGAUUAUCCUACUUCAAAUGUUUAUCUUGCUGUUAUUUGGAGAGUCAAGCAUGUAUUGAAUGAAAAAGAAAAUCAUGUUGAUGAGUUUAUUCGAGUGAUGAUAAAAAAGAUGAAGGAGAAAUUUGACAAAUAUUGGGGAGAAUGCAAUCUUUUGAUGGAAAUUGGAGCGAUACUAGACCCUAGGUUCAAAAUGAGGUUGGUUGAUUUUGCUUUCGGUAACAUAUAUAGUAAGGUUGAAGCACUUACAAAUGUGAUGAAGGUUCGAGAAGCAUUAUAUAACUUGUUCUUUGAGUAUGUUGAAGUUGAUCAAUCAAGAUCCCGAAAGUCUACUACUUCAGUACAAUGUUCUUCUACAUGUGCGAACUCCACGUCUAAAGAAAAAUUUGUGCCUUCUGGUUUUUCUAUGUUUGAUCGGUAUUUGGAUACUGUUGAGGUUCAUGAUCCUCUAAAGUCGGAUUUGGAUAUUUACUUGGAGGAAGGGGUUUUUAGAACUCAAGACGAGGAUACAAGUGUACAGUUUGAUGCCUUGGCUUGGUGGAAAUCUCAAGAAUUAAAGUUUAAAAUUCUAUCCAAGUUAGCUCGUGAUGUUCUAGCUAUCCCUAUUAGUACAGUGGCAUCAGAGGCUACAUUUAGUGCAGGAACGCGAGUGUUGGAUCCUUAUCGAUCAAGGUUAACAUCUGAUAUGGUACAAGUGUUGAUUUGUGGAGCAGAUUGGGUUCGUCAAAUUCAUGGGAUCAAGAAAACCCUUAUGACAUAUGUGAGUUCUCUAUUUAUUUUAUAA